AUGACCUUAGUGUUGUCAUACAAAAAUAAAAACAAAAAAAAUGGAUAGUCAAAAUGUUACUAUUCGUAAAAAAGGUAUUAUGAUGAAUGAAUCAUUGGACUGUACAUUCACGUCAUCACAUUCGACGCAUGAAUAUUUAAGGAGAAGUCUUCCGGAUUUGUCGACUAGGGAUGAAACAAAUAAUGCAUUACAGGAAGAAUUACUUGAUUUAAAGAUACAAUUAGAAAGAGCCCAUAAUGAAAUUGAUAACCUGCUACUAGAAAACAACACAUUAAAAAUGCAAACAGUAGAACAACAAAAAACUAUUAAACAAUUAAAAACUAUUUGUACUAGCUCUCCAAUAAAACAUAAACUAAAUCAUUCCACACCGAAAGGGAAAAAUAAAGCUUCACAGAAAAACCACAACGUACCAUCUGAAGCAAACAAUAGCAUCGAUUCAUUACAAGACAAUUGUCAAGUAAUUGAAAAAAUUGUAGCUAAACGACAACAAGAACACCAUAUACAGUCAAUAGAUGGCGCUGCUAACCUCGUGACAAAAACUACUCAACCACGAACUGAAAAGCCUCAAAUUAAUAUACUGGGUGGUAGUCAGUGCGUUGGAAUGUCGUCAGCACUAUUAUCCUCAAGAACAAAUACGAAAUACCAAAAGUAUCGAAUAUCAUCACUAGUAAAACCACAUGCACCAUCAGAAGAAAUAUUAAGUACGUGUGCAGAGCUGGACGACAGCGAUGAGAACUUUGUGAUUAUGUGUAUUGGUGAAAAUGACAAUAAUCCUAACAAGGUAAUGAUAGAACUAGUAUCUUUUUUAAAACGUAUAAAGAAGACUAACGUUAUUAUUUUAAGUGUACUAAACAAUAAGCAUCUAAAUGAGGGUAUGCUCAAUAAGCUGUUAAGAAAUAUUUGUAGUUAUUUUGAUAAUUGUACCUUUCUUAAUGUUAAUGCUAACAAACACUUUUAUAGCAGAAAGCAUUGCCUCAUACACACUUGUAAAAUGUUAAAUUAUACCAUAGAUAAUACUUAUUAUACUAAAACAUUCUUAACGCAUAAGCAACCUGCUAAAAAUUGUACGCCAAUUGAUAAAAGCUCUCACAAAAAAAAUGCUGAACAAGAAAUUAAAAAGGGAACCAUCCCAUACUACUUUCCACUCCGAAAAACUAAGCAUAUAACAGAUGACUUUUUUCGAGUCUAA